AUGAUUGACGGCCAUGUCUGUGUAGAUGGCGCCUACAAGGUCGCCUUGUCGACCGGGAAAACCCCCAAGUUAUGUGCCAAGGGCAGCUCCUUUAUGCUCGCAUACAACAGCUGCGUGAAAUGCAUAUCAGAAAACAGCGAAGACGGCGAGAUUCAGAGUUAUGUCGAACCCAAGUUCGGCCAAUUCAUCAACUACUGUGAAGGGGAGGAUACAAGUAACCCUCAGAACCCUCAGUCAAGUGCUACUACAGACUGUGAUGCAUGCAUCACGACGGCCUUGGAAGAUUACAGAGGCUCUACCAUCAUGAUCGUUUUGGGUACGAAGGCGGUGCCAACAUCGUCGCUCCUUGAUAAGUCGGUCUUCAGGUAUGUAACAGUCAAGCAGACGGUUACGUAUCACGAAACUGGACAAACAUCGUCGACUGUCGCUUCAGAGACAGAUCACAACGAGCCAGACAGUCCACCUGGUCCUGACAUUGCCACCAUCGUUGGCCCUGUCGUCCCCUCGGUCAUACUUCUCAUCGUCCUCACAUUCCUCGGCUUUCGAUGGUAUAAGAAGAGAGAAAGGAUAAAGGAUCAAGAAGCCCAGAUCGAACCGGACGAAGAACCCAAGGUGGAAAAGGCCCAGCUGCACUCGGAUUGCAUAUCUCGACCCACGUAUGAGUUGGAGGGCUCAACACCCUUCAUUCCAGAUCCGAUUUCUCCAGACGGGGCUGAGAUGGCCGCGAAUGAGGUUGCCGCUCACGAGAUGCCGACAGACAAGAAGCCGGGGGAGAGAAGAGUUCAGGAGGGGCAGAUUGAGACGGAAGAAAUCCAGGGAAUGGAGACAACAACGCAGCAGGAACUUCCAAGUAAAGUUGAGGUUGAGAGAGCGGCAGGUUGGCCAUGCUUGUUAUUCUUUUACACGUGCUCUUAA